AUGGCACAAUUGAGCCCCCUGGUAUAUUGGUCGCAGACCAAACAAACGCUACAGCUGAAGGUGGAUCUCAAGGAUGCAAAGGGAGCCAUAGCGGACUUCUCGCCGGUUUCGGUGGCCUUUAGUGCGAACGGUCAUGGGGCACGGGGUGUGAAUGCGUACAAGUUCGAUCUGCACUUCUACGCCCUGAUUGAUGACGAGAACGGCACUUUUGUGGUGAACGACAACAAAAUAGAGUUGCAGAUAAGAAAACUGGAGCCGGCAUGGUGGCCGCGUCUUGUGGCCACUCCCCAGAAACCCCACUGGCUCAAAAUAGACUUUGACCGUUGGCGCACAGAAGACGAUGUGGAGCUGGAGGAGGCGCCGCGCGAUGUGCGACAGGACUAUGAGAAGGAAUACAAAGAUCUGCAGAGGCGAGAACUCGGUUAUGUCAAGGAGAAAACCAAAAAGGUUUACCUGAUGUUCUACAACCUGGCCAUGUUUGUGGGCUACUUGUAUGUGGUGUCUGUCAUGGGCGUGCUCUACUACCGCGAUGGCUCGCACAGCAUAACCAAGACGUACGCCCAUGUGGGAAAUGCAUUCAAAUUUAUCCAGCUGCUGCAAUACCUGGAGGUUAUGCACCCGCUCUUCGGCUACACCAAGGGAAGCCCUCUGGUACCCUUCUUCCAAGUGUCGGGACGCAAUUUCAUAUUGUUUUUGAUGAUCGAAUUGGAGCCCCGAAUGCAUGCCAAACCCGUGGUGUUCUAUGUGUUCAUCAUUUGGUCUCUGGUUGAGCUAAUACGCUAUCCCUUCUAUCUCAGUCAGCUUUUGGGACGCGAGGUGGGCCUUCUCACCUGGCUGCGCUACACCAUCUGGAUACCGCUCUACCCCAUGGGUAUCGUUUGCGAGGGCAUUAUCGUGCUGCGAAACAUUCCCUACAUUGAGGAAACCAAACGUUUUACAGUGGAAAUGCCCAACAAACUGAACUGCACCUUUGACAUGGUUCUCUUCCUGAAACUCUACCUCCUACUGCUCAUCUUGCCGGGCACUUAUCUGGUCAUGUCGCACAUGUCCAAGCUACGUGCCAAGAAGCUCGGACGAGGACGCGGCAAGCGCAGGCAGCUCCAUGCCGACUAGUUCACGCACUGCCAGGUGCACUGUUUUGUUCCUUUUACGACAAGUCGUUGGAUAUACCCUUGCAAAGGCUCUUUUAACUUUAGAAUUUUGUAACGCUCAGAGACCAUUUCCGACCAUUUAAAUAUACUCGUAUGUAUUGUUAAUCAGGAAAACAACCCGAAUUUAUCCAGCCAUGUCCGUCUGUCCUGAUGUAUGAAAGCUUACAGUGAUAUCCAUGAUCCGUAACAUCGUAGAGUAGAUAGACUUUCUAAAACCAUACUAUCACUGAAUGUUUUUCAUGACGUAACAUAUGGCAUAAGCUAUAUCUAACGCGAGAUCUGUAACCCCAUCUGCUCAGAACCAUAGAAACAAACGGAUGUUAACAGAGGUUAAAUCUGUCGCCCAACUGCAAGGGUAUUUGUACAUCGGUGCGCCGAUGAUAUUUUUAUGCAUUUUUCUAGUUGCGUUUUAUAAAGCAUGAGACCCAAAGAAUUAUCUGUAUUCAUCAUUGAUUAUCAUUAAAUUUUCUCCUUCAUAUUACAAA